AUGGCGGCUCCCCUUGCACAGCACAGUGCCCAGCAGGAUCUGGGAGCAGGGCGGCCGUGGGAGCCAUUGAGCCGGUUGAGGCAGUGGUUGGAAGAGUCUGAUGGAAACUCAUUGAGGAAACUCAAACAUGACAAAACCAAAGGAGUACUUGAAAUCCAAGAUGUUCAGAAAGAAGAUGAAGGCUCUUAUGAGUGUAUUGCAGGAAAUACUCGAGGAAGAAACACUGCAAGAGGUCAAUUAUUUGUCUAUGCACUCCCCAAAUGAGAUAAAAAAAUCCAAAAUGCAUUUUUGUCUGUCUAUGACAGCUUAUUUUGGGAAUGCAAGGCAAAAGGAAAACCAAGUCCUUCCUACAGCUGGUUAAAAAGUGGCCAGCCUCUCAUGUCAGAGGAGAGAAUUCACAUAGAAAAUGGAACUCUUAUCAUAGCUGUGCUGAAUAUGUCAGAUUCUGGCCUCUAUCAGUGUGUUGCAGAAAACAAAUAUGAUACUAUUUAUGCCAGUGCUGAGUUGCGGGUGAUAGCUGCAGUCCAUGAUUUUUCCAAAAAUUCAGUGAAAAAAAAGUCUGUUUUUCAAGUUGGAGGUGAACUCACAAUUGGAUGUAAACCAAGCGCUUCUCCCAGAGCGCUUAUUAAGUGGACAAAGGACUUGGAGGUUUUGCGCCAGAGCAAAAG